AACCCGACGGUCCAUGUGAUCGGGCAAAAAUAUCAAAAUGCUGGUCCCGGCCGAUAUGCUGGCCGCCCAGUCCAAAAUGCUCUAUCAAAUAAACAAAUACUAUGGUGAACGAGUGCAAACUAGAAUGACAACGAUCGCAAAAACAAUUAGGGAAGUAUGUAAAGUAGUUCAAGAAGUUCUCAAAGAAGUGGAAGUGCAAGAACCCAGGUUUAUAUCUUCAUUGACAGAAUGUAAUGGAAAGUAUGAAGGUUUGGAGGUUAUUUCGCCGAUAGAAUUCGAGGUGGUGCUUUAUUUAAAUCAAAUGGGUGUGUUUAAUUUCGUCGAUGACGGGACAUUGCCGGGGUGUGCCGUAUUGAAAUUAAGCGACGGAAGGAAAAGAUCAAUGUCUUUAUGGGUGGAAUUCAUUACGGCAUCUGGAUAUUUGUCGGCGAGAAAAAUACGGUCGAGAUUUCAAACACUGGUUGCCCAAGCUUGUGAUAAAUGUUCCUAUAGGGAUAGUGUGAAAAUGAUUGCAGAUACUUCGGAAGUAAAAUUACGAAUUCGUGAGAGAUACGUAGUGCAAAUUACACCUGCUUUUAAAUGCUCCGGAGUUUGGCCUAGGUCUGGUUCACAUUGGCCGUCACCACACAUACCCUGGCCACAUCCAAAUCUUGUAGCAGAAGUUAAAACAGAAGGUUUUGAUCUUUUAAGCAAAGAAAGUGUCGCGGCGCAAGGUAAGCAAACAUCUAUGGAAGGUGACGCGUGGGUUUUAUCGUUUUUAGAAGCAGAAAAUCGCCUUUUACAAGGAGGAUGUAGGCGAAGAUGCCUCAGUAUUCUAAAAACACUCCGUGAUCGACAUUUAGAUCUUCCUGGUAAUCCCGUAGCCAGUUAUCAUUUGAAAACAUUACUACUUUAUGAAUGCGAAAAACAUCCAAGAGAAAGUGAAUGGGAUGAAUCAUGUAUAGCAGACAGAAUCAAUGGCAUAUUUUUACAACUAAUUUCAUGUUUGCAAUGUCGACGAUGUCCCCAUUAUUUCCUACCUAAUUUAGAUUUAUUUAAAGGGAAGUCACCGAGCGCUUUGGAAAAUGCAGCGAAACAAGUGUGGAGGUUGACAAGAGAAAUGUUAACAAAUACUAGAUGUUUGGAAAAAUUAUAGACAAAAGUUUUUUUGUUGUAUUUAUGUGAUUAUUUAUAUCUUUGUUUUUGUUAACAUAUUGGUUAAAAACUGAAAUAUUUCAACAUCAUGCCAUAUUGUUAUAACUUGUAAAGUUAUGUUCUUAUUCGUUCCCAUUUAUAUGUGGUUUAUUUUGUUAAUGAUAUAUUUUUUUUAUUGAUUAAGAUCAUAUUGUCUUCAUUAUUUUACGACAUUUAAAAAAUAAGUGACUACACUAUAUAAACAAGAAUUAUUGAGCAAUCGAAUGUAUUUAAAAAAAUUCUUCUCAACGAGGAAAAGUUGUAUGAUAAUAUUUUUUGUGGUAGGUAGUCUUAAACAUUUUCAAUAUUAAUCAUUGAAAUAGUUAAAAAGUGAUAUUUAUAAUAGAUUUUUAGAUUAAUUGAAAGUUUUUAUUAUGAAAAAUAGGGAAAAAAUUGAGAUUAAAAAUGCUGCGAGCUAAACUGUUUGAACAUGAUGAUUUCAUCAUUAAUAUCUUGAGUAGCCACAUAAUAUUUUGAUAAUCGAAUUCUAAUGAAUUUUUAUAAGUACCUAUAGAAUAAUCUUGUGUAAGGAUGUUAAUUGUUUUUAUGUAUUUGUUAAUAUUAAAAUUUUUCACUUCGUCUCACGAAUUAAGUUCUGCCAACUACAUAUAAAAGCAAUUACUCUCUCAAAAAUAUGCCUUAUUCUUUAUUUUACAUUCCCACUCAACUUUAUGAAUUUCAAAUGUAUUUACUAUAACGAUAUGAAACAAGCUUGGUAUACCUACCUUUAUAAAGCAGUAAAUUGUUACGUUUUUACUAAAAAUUUAGGAAAAAUUGCAACUUCUUCACUGGUUUCAUUUGAUUGACCUUUUUGUUUUCCAUUCUAUUAUUGUAUUCUAUACACAAUUAUUCCCUUAUUAUUCAUUCUAAAUUCUCUUUCCCAUUAUAUAUCUUCUUAGUGACUACGGGUGGAAAUUAUAGCCCACCAUAAACUACUGAUUUUCUACUUUCAACCAAUGAUUGCGAAUUUCAAACGGUUUGACUGGAAACGUAAUUUGAAGAUUUUUUAGGUUUACUUUCGAGUAAUUUCCUUAACAAAUUUUCUAUUAACAUAUUAAUAUCAUAUUAUAAAGGUAUAAACGUUAUUUUUAUAACAAUUUAUGUGCAUUUUCACAAUGAUCUUAUUUUUACUCACUGUCACUCUCUCUGUCAUUAAUAGUAAAGACAGAAAUGGAAAUAACUAAUAAAAACAUCUAUCGGAGUAAUUGAAAAAACCUUUUUUUCUAAUUAGUCCUAGUUUAUUUCUUAUUUUAAUAUUUCUUUUAUUUGUGAUUCGUAUUUUUCCCCAUCUUUGAUCAAAAUUUGUAUUCUCCAUUCCAUUGCUGUGUUGUAGAUAAGAAUAUUUCCUGAGUAAUCAUUGUAAAAUUGUUUCAGAUGUUGGAAUUGCAGCAGUUUCUUUUCUAUGUGAUAGAACAAAUUGAUACAAAACUGAUUAGAUUAUCAUUAAAAUCCGAUAUUUAGCCGUCACAUGCCUAUAUAAUAUAUCUAUACUCCUAAAGUUAUGGGAAUACUUUUGAUCCAUUGUUAUUUCACAACUAAACUCUAAUACUUGAUGUGAAUUGUGAAAUAGUUGAAGGAUCUCAAAAAUUCGCAAUCCUUUCAAAAAGUAUAAAAUAUAAACAAAAACGAAUUUUCAAACAAUGAAAAAUAUGGUUAACAACAACAAAAACUUUUACAUUUAUUAUAUAACCGAAUAAUAGCUCCAAUGCGUGUUACAUAAACGGUUGUAAAAAAAUUUGAUCAAAUUUAGUAUCUGCGUUAAAUUUAAUUAGAUAUACAAUUACUUUCGUGUAAUUCAUUGAUUUAUAGCUUUAAAUAGUAUGUAGGACAAUGAUAUUAUCAAUCAAUCUCGUAUUCUAGUGCCAUCUACCGGUAUAUUUUGCAUAUAAGAUAUUGUACAUAACAUACAUUCUAAAUGUUACAUCGUAUCAAUGUAAUGUAUAUCAUAUUUUAGUCGUAUUUAAUGUUUAUUUAUAUUUGUAUUCAGAAGACUGCGGUUAUAUGUCAAAAAUAAAUAUUUUGUUGAAUUUCUAUGUACAUUUUCGAAUUAAUUUAUUAAAAACGUGCUAUA